UUUACAGAUAUUAAUCGAUUUCUUUCCUUUGACUUUCACUGUAAUAAAUAUCCCAGUUUCAUGUUCGAGGAUGUAGAAAAUGUGUUUUCCACAGGCAUAUUUUUCUUCCCCAUAAUGAGAAUUUCCCCGGGACAGUAAAAUAUUUAACUUUACAGUACAGUUAUCUAUAUAUUGGUCGUUAUAGCAAGAUUCAAUAAUUACUCGGAAUAGUUACAUUUUCAUUUAUUUCUUUGCUUUUCAAAUUCGCUUUGUUUUUAGGAUUUACUUUGUCUACACAAUAACGAGGUGUCCGUAAAGCAAGAGUCGAUAGUAUUUUAUACUCGAUUAAUUUUAAUGUUGUACGGUAGUGGCUUAAUUCUUAUCCUCAUUAGAAUACCAUUAUUCCAGUAGUCAGCGAGAAACUUUGAAGGUUUGCUAAAAAAGAAGAAAGUAUUUGUAAGCUAAAAAUGGCUGGCUAGUCAUAGCUACGACACUGUGUUCGUUAUUUUCCUUUUUUUUUUAAUACUUAAAAGCGUUAAAUUUUACAAAGUGGCUUUUCCAAACUAACUGUCAAAGUUCAUGAUUUAUUAAAUCACCUUUUUACUAAAAGCUUAGCAACUCCACUAUUAUGUCGAAGGCGGAGCAAUCCUGCGCAAAGAAACUUUCAUUCUAGAGCUGCGUAAAAAGUUGAACACGUCGACACUUUGAUACCAUAGUGCGUGUCUGCUUAUUUUGUCAAAGAUGUGGCCACUUCGGGUGCUCCUGAUGUUUUCUCUUUUAAAUUUAAUCGAAGGUUUCAGUACGCUGAUACCACAGGUAGACCGCGACGAAGAGCAUCUGAUGGAGCAUCUGUUUAGGAAUUACAAGCCGCAGCUGAGGCCAGUCAUCAGUAAAACGCAUAAUAUAACCGUCAAGUUUGGCAUCUCUCUACACCAGAUCUUCGACGUGCAUGAGAAAAAUCAAGUCCUGAAGAUUGGUCUCUGGGUCCGACAGUCUUGGUACAACCCGUUCCUUGUGUGGAAUGCAUCUGAAUUCGGAGGGAUUCGCUCCAUUAACGUUGAUCCCAAGAUGGUAUGGACUCCUGACUUAUACCUCUACAACAACGCAGAUGAGAGAGAUGACGGAGCAAUGGACCGUUUUCGGACCAAAAUUGUCCUAUCGGACACCGGACAGUCCAAAUGGCUUGCUCCGAUUAUACUUUCCAGCUCGUGCAAGAUCGACGUGAAGUAUUUCCCUUUUGACGCACAGGCAUGUGACUUUAAGUUCGGAUCGUGGACGUAUGACGGUUUCAAGCUUGACAUUAUCAUGGAAAGUGAUCACGCAGAUACCAAGAAAUUCGUGUCUAACGGCGAAUGGGAUCUUGUCAGCUUCCACGCGAGGCGUAACGAGCUGUAUUACGUGUGCUGUGACGAACCUUACCCUGACGUCACAUAUACGCUGAAGAUCAGAAGGCGAUCGAUGUACUACUACGUCAAUAUAAUCAUCCCGUGUGUGCUUAUUACAGCAGCGCUUUCUCUGAUGUCGUUUUACCUCCCUCCCGACUCGGGUGAGCGCAUCGCGCUAGUUAUCACGAAUCUCCUCGCCUUGACCGUCUUUAUGCUGCUCGUGGCGGAGAUUUUGCCUUCUUCGUCUGAGGUGGUUCCGCUUAUCAGUAUCUACUACACGUGUACUAUCAUCGAGGUGGGCAUUGCCCUUGUGGCCACGUGCAUUGUGCUCAAGUUCUAUUUCCACGACCCCAACUUGUCGGACAUGUCGCCUUGUGUUCGCCUGGUGGUGCUUGGCUGGCUGGCGAGGUUAUUAAGGAUCAACGUGAAACAAAGAAAGCUCGACUUCAAGAGACGGAGUUCAUGUCUACCAAAAACUCCAUCUCUUCUUGACGACAAAGAUGCGGACUUAAGUACAGAAACGACGACAUUAUUCGAGUUUCCACCUAACGGACUUUGCCUUGGUAACGGCGAUGCAAGGAGGAUCCACCCAGAGACUGCAACCGCAAUGUUCAGCAGAAAUCACCAGUCAAGUAUGCACCCUAAGCAAGAAGAAAACCUAAAGGGUUCCCAUGAAUUUCAUGUUUCAAGUACAAAUGCACCCUGCUGUUGUCACUGUAACUUCCAGGAACCAAUGAACCGCAUGCUGGGCUCUCAGAACGCUCUAUUGCACAGUGUCUACAGAAUGGUGAGGAAAGCCACUCACAGAGACUCUAUUUCAGACCAAAAGUAUGAAUGGAUUCUUGCUGCGAGCAUCAUAGAUAAAGUGUUUUUCAUGGUGUUUCUAUUCCUUCUGUGUCUAUCGACGUUUGUGUUAUUUGCGCAAGGAAGUCAUACCUGAAAUCUUGGGUUUGCGUCAAGCGUACAACGUUGGAAUGAGAAAAUUUUAACGUAAGCCAGGCUACAUAGCAGGCUACGAGACGCAUAUAGCGUCGAAUAGUUACUCCGAGUAGUGACAAGACGUUAAGGGAUAAUGCCAAGAAACAUUAGGCUGACUACGAAGAGUUAAAAGAGUAAAAUGCGAGUAAUUCCCGACUGACUACCAAAGAGGUUACGAGUGAUAUAUAGCGAAAAUUACGAAUCGGGCCGAGAUUCUAUAGAGAAUUAAGUAACUUCACAGACUAAGCAGAGUAACAUAGCAGGCGCGUACUCCAGAACUCGCUGAGAUGGGUGCUCAGACAUAAGUAUCAUAUGAAAAAAGAUAUUACUUGAUGGUCCAGAAAAAUUAUACCGUAUACCAAGACUAUCGAUGUAAGUGCUUAGAAGUACAAGGUUACUCGCGCUGUAACAGCUAUUGGUUCACCAAAUAUCUAGUCUCACCCAAAGUUUCAUUAAAUAUUACCUAUCGAGAUGGCGAAAGAACUGCGAAAAGAGGCAUUUCUACUUGUUUUUUUUAAUUGUUUUUUAGUGAAAGUUAGAAGAAUAAAAGGGUGUGCGAGUCGCGAUAUCUGACCAGGCAGGCGACAAGACGGCAUUAAUUAUGCCCUCAUGUGAUUGACGUUGUCAAUCUUAAUCAGCUUUCGGCCAAUCAGCGUGUGGGAUUAGAACAUCCCCUGGUCAGCCAACACCAUCUUAUUACGUAGCCAAGCCAGGCUGCAGUGAUGCGCCCAUAGAACAGCAAGAACAUACAAUAUUUAUAGAAAAGAGAAACACAGAUGUUUUCUCAGCAUAUUUAAAUAUUUACUAUGCUCCUGCCAAAUAUCCGCAGUUGUAGCAAAUAAAGCUGUAAAGUUUAAUAUAGCUGCUUAAAAAAUGUUUGUACAUAGUCCAAACCUUAUUAGGAUAAAAAUUCACAAGACAUUUUAGAGGUUAUAUAUUCCUAAUCUGCCCACAGCAACAAACACUAGCGUUACGCUUAUUCUUAAUUAUUGAGUUAACAUGCUUUAAAGCUUUGAACAAAAUGCAAAUACAAGCAGUUUUAAAUAAAACAAUUGACUCCGGC